AUGCCCUCCUUUCGAGGCGUGGAGAUAUCUAUUGUGGUCAAUCCAGGGGCUAAGAAGCUACGUGAAUAUCCUCACCCUGAUGGAUCGUCUGUUCACCUCAUGAGGGUCGACACUGGCCUAAGUAGCCUACGAAAUCAGGGACAGACUGACCUGCACCCUUCCGCCUCUCCGAUCUGCUCAGAAGCCGACCCGACCCGCCAGAAAAAGCUCAAUCCCCGGAUUUCUGUCUAUAUUCCUUCCAGUCCUGGCGAUCAGUUCCGACUCAGAUACCAGGUCAACCAAUCACCGCCACCGUCACGCUUCAUCUUUUUCAAGAUGUUCAUCAACGGACAUCACACAGUUUCCUGGGGCAUCGACACGAAUAAUUGCUCGGCUGGAAGUGUGUCGCGAAGUCUUUACGGGCCUGGAGAUAGAUUUAGAGAUAGGAAUGGUGAUGCUAUCGUUGGCAUAGAGACCCGGUAUUUCCACUUCAUGCGUGGGCUAGACAGAGAAUCUGUUGCUGAAGACGGUGGUUUGAUCGAGGUUCAAGUAUUUCGCUGUCGAGGACGAAACCGAAUCGCGGUUGCGUUGGACACUUACCCCCAUCGAUACCAAGGACGCUAUGGAAUCGCUUCUCUAAGUGGGGGCUUGGUCGAGAACCCCCAGGAUGCCACCUCCUACGAGUAUCACUUGGACGACGGUAAAGAAUCACCUUACGCAACUUUUUGCUUCCACUACAGAUCCACGAAGCAUCUUGAGCAGCUGAAUCUUAUCCCACAGCACGAAAUCAGACGCCGGCCGAUAUCCAUUAACCCCGGUAAGCCAUUGGGCCUCGAUUCUCGCAUGGGCUCUUCCAAUGCCACCUCAACACCGCCUCCAGGUCUAUUUGUUUUCGGGGUCGAGUCACCAGAUGCAGAGGUGUUUAAAGACGAUAUCAAAGUCGGCAGCAUAUCAGUCUCGGAACCGUAUAAGGCCUUGAUACCAGGCCCUCGAUUCUUGAAGAGCCCCCCAAGAUUGCCUCCAGCUCGUCUUUCCAGCCUAGCGCGUGAAGAUACCGAACUGGCACAACGAAAUGAAACAAUGGCUGAGAUUUUGCAGAGACCAUUGCCUGAGUUGCCUAGGAACGUUUCAAGACAGGCAUCCAAGGAAUCGCUCUGGUCGAAUUGUCCCUCUCUAACACCAUCCUUGAAACAAUAUGUCGAGAGCGAAGAGUUCGAGGACGAAGAGAUAAGACUUAGUACGGCGCAACCAAUCUUUAUACAGCCUGAAUCGACACAGGCAUUAGAAUUGAGCGAAGGAGGUAUCCAUGAUCAAGAAGAAGAUUCCUUCUCGGAUUAUGCGGUUUCGCCAACAUGCACAGAAACAUCACAAUCGCCAGUAUUACCAUCGCCAGAAGGUUAUGUUCCGACAACUGGCAGCGUGCUUGAGCGUCAUCUCACUCAAUUGGACUCGCCGGGGACAUCAUCGUCGCCAAAAGCCAAGGCAAAUGUCCCAAUUUGUAAAGCAGGAAGAGUGUUAACUAGCGAUGUGUACGAUGGCAGCACGGACGAACUAAAGCUCACAGAGUCGGAAUGGCUCAGACGAACUCCGUCACCUCUGCGACAUAAGGGUAGACUAGUCCAACGUGUCCUAUGGAACUCGCAACCCGAGAAGGCAGCAGAGCGUUCUUCAAUGAUAGAGCUUUCUGCUUGGGAAGACAAGGGUAGGAAUGACAAGGAAUACAAUACAGAUGAGGUGCCUGCAGGAAACUGGAUCUAG